CUCCAGCCUCCAUGUCCUUACAGAGAGCCGCUUGACCUUCCACUGAGACGCUCCUCCACUGGGCUUCCACCGCGCAUGUUUGUGCGUGCAGCUCAUCAUGUGAUGUAAUACGGUUACACGUUGAUUGACUUGAGCUGGAUGCUGAUUUCAGCACCGGAGAGCUGUCCGAUACUGGUGCUGAUGCUGCUGCUGCCGCCGCGUGAACCGAUGAUGCUGAGCUCGAGCUGCUGAAAUCCUCUCUCUCUCUCUCUCUCUCUCUCUCUCUCCUCUUCUCUCCCUCCUCUCUCCUCUCCUCUCCUCCACACGCACAAAACGCUCUGUCAUGGCGUCUUCCAACCAUGUUACCCCCACCAACUGUAGCUGGUGGCCCAUCUCAGCCAUGGACGAGGACGGCAAAAUCACAGACGGGGAGGAGUGCGAAGAACCGAUGGCAGAGCUCAAACCCUUCAAUAAAGACAGGCUCGUUUUGUACCACUGGACGCAGUCUUUCACCUCCCAAAAGGUACGUCUAGUCAUUAAUGAGAAGGGCCUGGUCUGUGAUGAGAGGGAUGUGAGCUUGCCGCUGCAGGAGCACAAGGAGCCCUGGUUCAUGAGGCUGAAUCUGGGCGAGGAGGUGCCCGUCUUCCUCCACGGCGACAGCAUCAUCAGCGACUACAACCAGAUUAUAGAUUACCUGGAGAAAAACUUUGUGGGAGAAACGGUGGCUCAGCUGGUUCCUGAUGCAGAAUCGCCUCUCCACGACCGUGUGCAGCAGUACCGUCAGCUACUGGACGGUCUACCCAUGGACGCUUACACACACGGCUGCAUCCUCCAUCCAGAGCUCACCACCGACUCUAUGAUCCCAAAGUACGCCACCGCAGAAAUACGUAGACAUCUGGCCAACGCUGCAACGGAGCUGAUGAAGUUGGACCACGAGGAGCCACAGCUGACAGAACCGUACCUGUCCAAGCAGAAGAAGCUCAUGGCAAAAAUCUUGGACCAUGAUAAUGUGAACUACCUGAAGAAAAUUCUGGGGGAGUUAGCCAUGGUUCUAGAUCAAGUGGAGGCUGAGCUGGAGAAAGGAAAACUAGAGUAUGAAGGUCAAAAGUGUGAGUUGUGGCUAUGUGGACCUGAAUUUACACUAGCUGACGUCUGCCUCGGAGCCUUGUUGCACAGGCUCAAGUUCUUGGGACUUUCUAAGAAAUACUGGGAGGACGGCAGCCGACCCAACCUGCAGUCCUUUUUUGUGCGCGUGCAAAAACGCUACGCUUUCCGCAAGGUCUUGGGCGACAUCCACACGACCCUCCUGUCGGCGGUCCUACCCAACGCCUUCCGGAUGGUAAAAAAGAAGCCACCGUCCUUCUUCGGGGCCUCUUUUCUCAUGGGCUCGCUGGGAGGGAUGGGCUACUUUGCCUACUGGUAUUUAAAAAAGAAAUACAUGUAGUGAAUGCCCUCUUGUUGUGUUAAAUGUCUGUGUAUUUGUGUGAUGUUUCAACUUUUCUGUAAUGUUUUAUGACUGCAGGAAAACAUAAUGAAUCUAUAUAGAGAACACUAUUACUUACCUGGGUGAACAAAGAAUAUUAAAACAUUCCAUAAUGAGAAA